GAUUUUUCUUCAUCAACGGAAGUAUAAACCUGAACCAUCUUGAUAAAAACUGUUCCAACCCCUUCAAAAGUAGAACAUGGAGGGAGGUGAGAUCACUGCUCUACAUGUCCAUCUAGGGAUUGAGUUGGGAGACACUUCGAUGACUCAACAUAGUGAUCUUGAAGAACCUACCAGGAAGAUGACGAUAAACACACCUGUUACUCCGUUCACUUUCGCGUUUCAUAAUCUGACAUACAGCAUUAAGUCACGUAGGAAAAUCAAACUUCCUGGUAUAGUUUGCCAAAAAGCUGCUAAAGUAAUACACGCACCUUCAUCGGAAGGAAAAAUGUUGUUGAAUGAUAUGUCAGGUGAAGCAAGAGAAGGUGACAUUUUAGGUAUUCUUGGUCCAAGUGGGUCGGGGAAGUCAACUUUGCUGGACGCACUGGCGAAUAGGAUCUCUACGGAAAGCUUGAAAGGAUCAGUGACGAUGAAUGGUGAAAUACUGGAGGCGGGGAUUCUGAAAAUGAUAUCCGCUUAUGUCAUGCAAGAUAAUUUGUUAUUUUCUAUGUUAACAGUUAAAGAGACACUAAUGUUCUCGGCUGAGUUUAGAUUGCCUCGUUCAACCUCGAAAUCUAAGAAGAUGGCAAGAGUUCAAGCUGUGAUUGAUGAGCUUGGGUUGCGUAACGCAGUAAAUACCUUGAUAGGAGAUGAAGGUCAUAGAGGCAUCUCAGGUGGUGAGCGUCGUCGUGUUUCCAUUGGAGUUGAUAUAAUUCAUGGUCCCAUAUUAUUGUUUAUGGACGAGCCAACAUCAGGACUCGAUUCAUCUUGUGCUUUCAUGGUGGUGAAAGUCCUGCAACGUAUUGCUCGAUCUGGGAGGAUAGUCAUUAUGUCCGUUCACCAGCCUAGUUCCAGAGUUGUUGGCUUACUCGACCAUUUGAUGUUCCUCUCGCAGGGAGAAGCAGUCUAUUACGGGUCACCCACCAAUCUCUCAAUUUUCUUAUUGGAUUUUGGUCAUCCUAUCCCAGAAAAUGAAGAUAGAACUGAAUUCAUGCUUGAUUUGUAUCGUGAACUUGAAGGUGUACCUGGUGGGACACAAAGCAUCGUCGAAUUCAACAAAUCUUGGCAGAAAGCACAGAAAGGAUCUACUUUUGAUUCAGAUUAUUCCAAGGGGUUGGGUGGUCUAAGCUUAAGAGAAGCAUUAAGUGCUUGUAUAUUAAGGGUAAACCACAUUUACGGUGAUGUCAACGGUACUGCUGAAACAUCAGCCAUCUCAGAGUUUGCAAAUCCAUUUUGGGUCGAAAUCAUAGUACUAGCAAAACGAUGGUUAAGAAACUCAAAACGAAUGCCCAAAUGGUUUAUUCUUCAAAUUGGUGGCGUUGUAUUUGUAGGUUCUAUAAUAGCUAGUUUGUUCUGGCAACUUGAUAAAACGGAAGGAGGUAUUCAAGAAAGAAUAGGGUUCUUCGCUUUUAUAAUCACGACCAUCUUCUUUGGUUGCACAGAUGUCCUAGCAGUUUUCCUCCAAGACAGGUACAUCUUUAUAAGAGAAACUGCUUAUAACGCGUACCGUCGCUCAUCAUACGUUCUAUAUCGCUCGAUUAUAGCUAUACCGCAAUUAUUCAUCCUAUCUAUUUUACUAGCAUCAAUAACGUUCCCUUCUGUAGGUCUAGAUGGGGGAUACUCUAGUUUCUUGUUCUAUUUCUUUGCAAUAUUCGCAUCAUUCUGGGCAGGUAACUCGUUAGUCAGUUUGGUCUCUGGGUUAGUUUCUCAAGUUAUGCUGGGUUAUAUCAUAGUUAUGCCUUGCAUUGGUGCAUUCCUUCUAUUCAGUGGUUUCUUUAUUCAGAGAAAUCGAAUUCCAUCGUACUGGAUCUGGUUCCAUUAUGUUUCCGUUGUGAAAUAUCCAUUCCAAGCCGUCUUUCUCAACGAAUUCGACAACCCAAGCUUGUGUCUGGUUGAAGGUGUUAAUAAGUCAUGCUUAGUGACUGGAUCGGAUAUAGUAACAAAGCUAGACGCAACAGAUUUAGGCAAGUGGAGUUGCUUAUGGAUCACUGUCUCUUUGGGUGUUUUCUUUAGAAUUCUCUUUUACUUGUCUUUAUUGUUUGGUAGCAACAACAAGAGGAAGUAG